CGCGCUUGACUGGUGUUCUCGGACGCGCGCGUUGUUCGGUCUGGCUCGUUCGCGCCGCAUCAGUUCCGAUCCGUCCGGCCGCAGAUCAGAUCAGAUCAGACGCACCAGCGCGGGUUCGAGUCGAGUCCAGGUCCGAAGCGGGGGGGCUAUGACGCUGGAAGCGAUCCGGUACCGGACCGGGUCUCUGCAGAUCCUCAACCAGCUGCUGCUGCCGCGCCACACGGUGUACGAGGAGAUCCAGUCGGUGCAGGACGGCUACGACGCCAUCAAGAGCAUGAAGGUGCGCGGGGCCCCCGCCAUCGCCAUCGUGGGCUGCCUGAGCCUGGCGGUGGAGCUGAGGGCGGGCGCCGGGGGCGACGACCCCGUGCCCUUCAUCAGGGAGUCGCUGUGCCACCUGACCUCGGCGCGACCCACCGCCGUCAACAUGGGCCGGGCGGCGCGGGAGCUGAUGGAGUUCACCGAGAACGAGAGCAUGGAGAAGAGCGGCGACCAGCUCAAGGAGAGCGUGGUGGGCAUGAUCGAGGAGAUGCUGGAGCGGGACGUGAACGACAACAGGAAGAUCGGGAACUACGGCGCCCAGCACAUCCUGUCCGGCGUGCCCAGGGAUUCCGUCACCAUCCUCACGCACUGCAACACGGGCAGCCUGGCGACCGCUGGAUACGGCACCGCCCUCGGUGUGGUGCGCUCGCUGCACGCCCUGGGCCGCCUGAAACGCGUCUACUGUACGGAGACGAGGCCGUACAACCAGGGCGCCCGGCUGACGGCGUACGAGGCGGUGGCCGAGGGCUUCCCCGCCACGCUCAUCACCGACAGCAUGGCGGCGCUCGCCAUGAAGGAGAAGGGCAUCAGCGCCGUGGUGGUCGGGGCAGACCGGGUGGUCGCCAACGGUGACACGGCCAACAAAGUGGGCACGUACCAGCUGGCCAUCGCCGCCAAGCACCACGGCAUCCCGUUCUACGUGGCGGCGCCCAGCACCUCGUGCGACCUGAGUCUGGAGAGCGGGCGGGACAUCGUCAUAGAGGAGCGGCCGGCCGAGGAGCUCACCAACGUCAACGGGGUCCAGGUGGCAGCUGCAGGUAUCGACGUGUGGAACCCAGCCUUCGACGUCACCCCUCACCAGCUGAUAACGGGCGGGAUCAUCACCGAGCUCGGCGUCUUCUUACCGUCCGAGCUUCAGGCCGCCCUGACCGGUCGUCUCACUGCACUGUGAGGGCCACGUCGACCCCCAACACACACACACACACACACACACACAGAGCCACCCUCCUUCACGUGUAGUGAAGUGGAAUUACACACAGGGACGAUUCUGCACACACACACACACACACACACUGGUCUGUUUCAUUUAGGGAAAUGUCUUGUUUUACACCCCCACCACCGAGCGGUAAAUCGGGUUCUGUACUCGCACUAUGGAAGUACGUCUGUGGGAUGUGAUGGCAGUGAUGGUGGCUGGUGCUAUAGAGCUCCGUGUUACGCUGUACCUCACUACAUUUCCCAGAAUCCUCUGUUCUUACUGUGUGCAAAUGCUUUUUCGAGUGUGGAUUGUGGAAAUGCGUCCGUCAUCUUUUAAAAUACACACACACACACACACACAUUUGUACACGGCUUUUACUCACAGUAACGAGGGACGAAUGUGCGAUUCACAGUAGAAUGUCGAACCAGUUUUAGCCUGUUCAGUAUUUAGCUGCUUAAUGAGGAAAAUGAGCAAAAUAAAACGACAUUAUUUGUUCAGCCUGAACAAACUAAAACACUGAAAUAUUCAAACUAUAAAAUGAGCAAAACCAUUUCAAGCUUAGUAUACAUACAUUACAUGUCAUUCAGCGUCCUGAGCGCUAGCGAAGCACGUUUCCUAAACGAUUUAAAGCUCUGUUAGCCAAUGUGGUGUUUAAUCUGAGCUGGUACGCUAUUUUUCCUGAAUAAACGUCUGUUCAGAGCUUAAAACACCGAGUUUCUCUGUUUAAUGUUUCAUUUUAUUCACAAUUAAAGUCAGAAUUCGUCAAGCUGAUGGCAAAUGAUGGCUAGCAAUUUAGCCACAGUAGUAAACAGAUCCUGCUCUGCUAAUGGAGUAGCUUCUUGCUAAAAAGAGAUGUAGCAUUUAAUCAGUCUUAUUAUUAUUUGAUUAGUGUAAAUAUUUAUCAUAUCAUCUACAGCAAGUUUAUUAAAAAAAAGACGUAUUAAAUCUACUAAUUGUUACUUGUUUUGUUUUGUUUGUAUUUGGAUUUGAUUAGCAUGUGUGUGCUAACAUGUUUGUGUACAAAUACAAGGUGGUGGAGGGGCUUGACCUAACAGCAUUCUGAUUACUAGUUCAGUGUCUUAAUCUUAGUCCUAAAAUACUAAAAAAUGAAAUGAUAUUAUAAUAAUAAUGAUAAUAAAAACACCAAAACGAACACGAAUGCUUUAUAUGCUUAUAGAGAACCGAACUGUAUAAAGAACUAGUCGGUACUUCAGUUCCUUAAUUCGUUUAAGUCCUAGUUUGUCAUUUUAGUUUUUAAUGUACUUAGAUUUUUAUUAUUUUUUGUUUUGUUUUUGUAUAAGAAUCGCUGUACAUAAAUCUGUAUCUGUUCUGUAGGUUCACUAGAUCUACUGUAUAGAUCAGUGUUUUUCGGCUGGGUCGCGUCCCAAACUAACUUGAAUUAAGACAAAUAUGCCGAUUCUAAGACAUUUCCUUUUGAAUUUAAUAAAAAAUACAUAAAUGAAGCUGAAUACUUAUAAAUAAUGAGGUGUUUUUGGAAAUACGAAGUGCGUAUGCAUAUGAGUUUGGUUAUAAUCCUGAUACAUCGGGUGUCCCUAAAGUCUGGACAUGAAAGCAAAAUGUGUAUUUUUUUAAUAAUAGAAUAUUAAUCAAUAUCAUAUUCAAUGUGUUUUCCACUAUUUGUCGUGCAAUAUGUAUGUGUGUGUGUGUAUUUGAGUAAACAUACUAUGUUUCCUACGUGUCCAGACUUCUUUAUGGACACCCUGUGAUUGUGCAGUAUUGAAGGAAAAGCACUGAUCUACAGUAUACUUCAUCCAUGUCCACUAUCCUUUGGCUGUGCUGUUUUAACACGUAUUUAUAAUCUAUAUGCUGUAUCUGUAUAUCGAUGGCUUGUGUUUGUCAGUAAUGAUGUUUAAAAGUCGUGGGAAGGCCUCCUUCGUGCACACCAAGAGUUCCCAAAUGUCAAUAAUCAAUCAAUCAGUCAAACAAUCAUGCCAUAUAUUGUGAUAUGUACCAUGUACGAUAUUCUAAGCCGUGUACCUUCAUGCUUUCCAUUCUCACUUAUUAUAAAUAGCUAGAUUUCAGUUUUGUAUAAUCUGGGGGAGGGGGGGUUAACACGAGUGGAUUUUUAUACACGCGUAUAUGAAAAUAAUAGAAUACACAGCGUUCAUGGAUGAUGAAUGAUGAUGUCUCUUUCACAAUCGGUACAAUAAACGAGCAAUGCAUUUA